UGUCAGCCAGGAACUCGCGUGGCGAUUUUGGACGAGAUCGCAGAUUGGAUCAAUUCGGACGACACUCACCGCGUUCUCCUGCUUUCGGGCGCCGCAGGGACCGGGAAAUCAGCCAUUGCACACACCAUCGCUCAGCAGUUCAACGACCUUCAUCGUCUUGGAUCAUCCUUUUGCUUCAUCCGUGGUGAGGCUGGGCGCGGUCCUGACAAGCUGUUUCCCCAUAUGGCUCGCGAUCUGGCCGACUUUGACAAGCGCAUAAAACGCGCGCUGUGGGGCAUUGUCCAGUAUCAAACGGCACUCCGGACCACGUCGCAGAUUGCUCUACAGUUCAAUAACUUUAUACUGAAGCCACUACAGGAACUCACACUCACAGGUCCCCUUGUCAUAGUCAUCGAUGCUUUGGAUGAAUGUGGCGAUGUUCUAUCUCGCCAAGGGCUUCUUGAGCUACUCGCGAGCAAGAUGGCAGAUCUCCCUUCCAAUAUCCGCAUCCUCCUCACCUCCCGUCCUGAGGCAGAUGUCGAGCGUCUGUUCAAACCGAAUGCCCACAUUAUUGUGAAGAAGAUGCAGGAUAUCUCCUCGCAGUUGACUGAGCUCGAUAUCACCACAUACAUUCGCAAUCGUCUGAGUGGUCCCGGUUACAGUGUUAUUGAUGAUGCACGCAAAAGCGCGCUUGUGUCCAGAUGCGAGGGACUAUUUCAGUGGGCAUCCGUUGCCUGCACAUUUAUCAUAGGUCUGGGCAUCACUGGAUUGGAGCCCUUGGAUCGAUACAACCUCCUGAUCGAGGGCAAGGUCCAAGAAAUGGCAGGCUUAGACGGUCUAUACACCGCCGUGUUGUCCUAUCUGUUUCCGAUUCAGAGAUCUGCCGCAUUGGAUGAAUCCAUCAUGGACGGCUUCCGAUUCAUCAUGGCGCUGGUGUUGACGACAUUCGAGCCUGUCUCAGUCAAAUCGCUCAGUGAGAUGUCUCGUAACGUCGAGGAUGGAAUCAUCAGCCUGCGGCCGGAAAGUAUAUUAGGGGGUAUGGGGUCUGUGUUGCGAGGCGUUGCGGAGGAAGAACCGAUUCGUCCAUUGCACACUUCGUUUCGUGACUUCUUGUUGGAUCCCUCGCGCAGUGGAAGAUAUCAUGUUGACACAUCACGAACUCACAGAGAUUUGACCCUCGCUUCGCUGCAUAUCAUGGAGAAACAAUUGGCGUUCAAUAUCUGCCAUCUGGAAUCCUCGUAUUUGUUGAACAGGGACAUCCCCGACCUUGCCGACCGCGUUCGAGAAUCGAUACCCGCACAUCUUUCCUAUUCAUGCCGGUUCUGGGCAAGUCACUUGCAAGCUAUAGAGAUGGGUGUCGCAUUUGAUUCCAAGCUCUUCAGAGGUGUGGAAGCGGUGCUCAGGGAUAAAUUCUUGUUCUGGCUCGAGGUAAUGAGUCUGCUGGGUAACAUAUUUGGGGCCGCACAAGCGAUUUCUUCUGUUGUAAAUUGGAGUUCGACCUUACGUACUGGAGAAAUAUCCGAGUUAGCGCGUGAUGCACAAGCAUUCGUGAAUGUGUUUGGGCUGCCCAUAUCACAUGCGACGCCACACAUAUAUUUAUCCGCACUACCAUUCACUCCACAAAGCGCAACCGCCUUCCGAACAUUGGCGAAAGACUUUCCACAGGUGCUGAACGUAUUUUCUGGGACCAACAAGGAUUGGCCAGCAACCCAACACAUCAUACAUACAAACUCUGAGGUUCCGUGUGUAGCAAUCUCGCCCGACGGAACGUGCAUUGCGUCAGUCAUAUAUCACCAGAUCCAGAUGUGGAAUACUACAACGGGUGCUGCUGUGGGUGACCCCCUCAGGAUGUACCCAGGUAAGUUUGAAUGUGUCGCUUUCUCGCCAGACGGCAAUCAGAUCGCGUCAGGCUUCGACAACACAAUUUGGGUCUGGGAUACAGGGACUCAUGAUAUUGUGGGAGAACCUCUCGAGGGACACACAGAUCGCGUCAGGUCUGUUGCUUUCUCUCCCGACAGGAAGUGGAUUGUGUCAGGCUCGGACGACAAGACAAUCCGGGUCUGGGAUACAGUGACUCGUGCUCCUGCGGGCGAGCCUCUCAAGGGCCACACAGAUCGGGUCAGUUCUGUUGCAUUCUCCCCCGACGGGAAGUGGAUCGUGUCAGGCUCCUGGGACAAUACAAUCCGGGUUUGGGAUGCAACGACGCAUGCGGUGGGCGACCCUUUCGAGGGGCACGUACGUGCAGCCUAUUAUGUUACCGUCUCGCCAGAUGGGUUGCGGAUUGUGCCAGGCUCGGAGGACGAUACGUUCUGGGUACGGGAUACCGCGACGCAUGCUACAGUGGGAAAACCUCUCGAGGGACACACAGCACGGGUUGCUUCUGUUGUUUUCUCGCCAGACGGGAAGUGGAUCGUGUCAGGCUCGCACGACAAGACGAUCCGAGUCUGGGACUCAGUAACUCAUGCUAUUGUGGGCGAGCCUCUCAAGGGCCACACAGAUCUGGUCUGUUCUGUUGCAUUCUCACCCGACGGGAAGUGGAUCGUGUCAGGCUCGUGGGACAAUACAAUCCGGGUUUGGGAUGCAAUGACACAUGCAGUGGGCGACCCUCUCGAGGGACACACACGUCCAGUCUUAUCUGUUGCCGUCUCGCCAGAUGGGUUGCGGAUUGUGUCAGGCUCGGGUGACCAGACGGUUCGGGUACGGGAUAUGGCGACGCAUGCUGCAGUGGGUGACCCUCUCGAAGGACACUCAAAUUGGGUCAGUUCUGUUGCAUUCUCACCCGACGGGAAGUGGAUCGUGUCAGGCUCUGGCGACAACACAAUUUGCGUGUGGGAUACCGCGACGCAUGCUGCGGUGGGUGACCCUCUCGAGGGACACACAGAUUCGGUGACAUCUGUUGCAUUCUCGCCAGAGGGGAAGUGGAUCGUGUCAGGCUCGUGGGACCGUACAAUACGCGUGUGGGAUACCGCAACGCAUGCUGCAGUGGGCGGACCUCUCAGGGGACACACAGCAUGGGUUACUUCUGUUGCUUUCUCGCCAGACGGGAGGUGGAUCGUGUCAGGAUCGACUGACAGAACAAUACGGCUGUGGGACGCAGUCACACAUAAUGCUGUGGGAAACCCUCUUGAGGGACACACAAAUUCGGUGAAAUCUGUUGCAUUCUCCCCAGAGGGGAAUCAGAUCGUGUCAGGCUCGUCGGACAACACAAUUCGGGUGUGGGAUACGGCGAUGCAUGCUGUCGUGGGCGUCACAGGUCCGGGCGUAUGUGUUGCUUUUUCACCAGACGGGAAGCAAAUCGUGUCAGGCUCGCAUGGAGACACAAUCCAGGUGUGGGAUGCGAUAACGUAUGCUGCAUUGGGUGACCCUCUCAAGGGACACAGAAGCAUGGUCACUUCUGUUGCUUUUUCACCAGACGGGAAGUGGAUCGUGUCAGGCUCGUUCGACAAAACAAUACGGGUAUGGGAUGCGGCAAUGCAUUGUGCUGUGGGCGACCCUCUCGAGGGACACACAAAUUUGAUCACAUCUGUUGCUUUCUCGCCGGACGGCAAGCGGAUCGUGUCAGGCUCUAACGACCACACAAUCCGGGUCCUCUAUGACUCUGAGACACCACCUGAAUGGAACUAUCGUACAUAUAGACACAUGACCAGCGAUGGUUGGAUAGUGGGCCCAGGACCAAAACUCUUAUUCUGGGUGCCCGCCGCAUAUCGUGACAGGCUGUGGCCUGAUCCCAGGCUUCAAUUCACGAUUGGAGAGCGUCUCGUGCAACUGGACCUCAGUCAAUUUGUUCAUGGUACUUCUUGGCACAAGUGUUAUCGACCUUCUCUACCGCAGUGA